AUGGAGGGUCUCCGGACCCUGCCAUGGGAUGGUGUUCCCACCGUGCCCCCACAGCUGGGAACACGGCAGCCACUGCUGCGGCCGGCACAGGCACACCAUGGGCAUCACUGGCAGUGCAUCUUGGCCAGGGUGGGUGCCAAGGCAGCUGCCAUUUCCCACAUCAGGUGUGCAGGUGGACCCCAAGGGCCAUGGGUAGUGAAUGAGUACCAGAACAGCACCACGAGAGGGGUCUACGCCAUCGGGGACGUCUGCAGGAGAGCCCUCCUCACCCCAGUGGCAAUCGGGACCAGCAGAAAGCUGGCACACAGGCUCUUCAAGGGCAAGCAGGAGUCCUGGCUGGACUACCGUGACACUCCCACCAUCUCAUCUUCAGGCACCAUGGGCCUCACCAAAGAUGAAGCCAUGGCCAUGCACAGGAGGGAAAACGUGAAGAUCUACAGCACAUCCUUCACCCCCUUGUACCACACCAUCAGCCAGAGGAAGUUUAAGUGUGUCGUGAAGCUGGUGUGUGCUGGGAGGAGGAGAAGGUGCGUGGCAGAAUUGCACAUGCAAGUGUGGGGCUGCAACGAACUGCUGUGGGGCUUUGCCGUGACCUUCAAGAUAGGGACCACCAUGGCCGACUUGAACAACACCAUCACCAUUCACCCCAUUUCUGCCAAAGAGCUGGUGACUCUGUGCUGA